AUUCAUCCGCACGUGGGUAGCAGAGCCAGCCGGGCGGUGGUGCUGAAUCCGCCAUGGACGGGCGCGGGCGAGGCGGCUCAGCCGCGGUGGCGGAGGAGGAGGAGGAGGAAGAGGAGGAGGAGGGCGGCGCGCUGGAGCUGCUGGCCAGGCGGCAGCGGAAGGAGAAGCGGGAGCUGCAGGCCAAAAUCCAGGGAAUGAAAAACACUGUUCCAAAGAAUGAUAAAAAGAGAAGAAAACAGCUGUUGGAUGAUGUUGGCAAGCUGGAGUCUGAGUUGGAAGAGAAGCACAAAGAGGAAUUAAAGAAGUUGAAAGAAACAUUACCUGAACAGAAUAAAGAAUAUCUGGCAAGUCUAAAUAUUGCAAAACUGGAAAUUGAGAGCAGAGAAGAGACCCAGCCUGCUAGAAUAUCAAAAGCACAGAAGAGGCGGGAUAAAAAAGCAGCUCUGGAAAAGGAAAGAGAAGAAAGAAUAGCAGAAGCUGAGAUAGAAAAUUUAACAGGUGCCAGGCACCUUGAAAGCCAGAAACUUGCAAACACUUUAGCCUUAAGGCAAUUGGAAAUUAAGCAAAUCCCAUCUGAUGGUCAUUGCCUAUAUAGAGCUAUUGAAGAUCAGCUCAAAGAGCAACAAAACCUGUGGACAGUUUCAACACUCAGAAGUCAGACUGCAGAGUAUAUGAGAAGUCACGUGGAUGACUUCCUUCCAUUUCUGACAAACCCAAAUACAGGAGAUUUGUACAGCCAAGAGGAAUUUGAAAAAUACUGUUCCGAUAUAGCAAACACUGCUUCAUGGGGUGGUCAGUUAGAACUAAGAGCUUUAUCACAUAUCUUGCAAACACCAAUUGAAGUAAUUCAGAUGGAUUCCCCUCCUAUUAUUGUUGGUGAAGAAUACAGUAGGAAACCACUAAUACUUGUGUACAUGAGACAUGCAUAUGGAUUAGGAGAACAUUAUAAUUCUGUAAAAACUCUUUUGGAGAACACAGCAGAAAAUGAAAGCUAAUACACAGAUCAUCAGACGACCAGAAUGAUGGCUACAAUUUUACUAAGUGUCUCUAUAUAGGUCUUAAAAUGAAUUCUCAAUUCUUUAAUAAGGCAUACAGGGUUAUACAAACACACACAUAUAUGGUAUGUGUGUCUGUAUAUAUGAGAUCUGUUAUCAGCACUACUCAGUUUAAAUCAUGUUUUUUUUUAAAAAAAAAUCUGAUGUGUUUCUAAUGUAUCUCAUAAUAAAUUGUGGGUUAUAUUUC